AUGCGGUCCAGGAUAUAUUAUUGCGCUGCUGUAUCAGCCAAUCAAAAGCGACAUGACAAACGGCUGCAUCAUCUUCGGACCAGAAAGCCACGAUUAAAUUCUCAAUUGGUAGCGCAGCAAGUUGCCCAGCAGUAUGUGCCCCCACCUCCAAAAAAAGAGAAGCUUGAAAAUGGAACGCUUGUAGAUGGGGAUGAUGAGGAAGAAGGAGAGGAACCUGAAGAGGAGGAGGAAGAGGAAGAGGAGGAGGAAGAGGAAAGGGAGGAGGAAGAGGCAGUAGACAGUGAUAGUACCCAGGAGGACUAUCGCCUAGAGUUACCUCCCCCUCCUAUAGAAACCACAACUCUCAGUACAAUUAAUAUCAAAAAGGAGAAGAACCAUACAAAUACAGCAAAAAAGAUCUCAAAUCAACAAAGAUCUGCAAGACUGCGAAAUGUAGACCGGAGUAGUGCACGGGAUAUAUCUGUCACAGUGGGAACGGUUACGGUAACAAUUACAGACUAUCAGCCCAAACGUGAACGAAAAACAUCUACAGAAACUUCCAGCAAUGUGACAUUGGAUAGCUUUGACAAUUCCUCUUCAUCGUCAGGUGUGAGUAACGACCCACGGGAGGAUGUGACAAUGAACACAAACAACCACCAUACCUGACAUGUGGUGUUAGUGACGUCACUUCAUUUCUCAUUCUACACAGUGGUCAAGAUGGACCACCCAAAUUAGUGUGCCAUGUGGACAGGCAAUUCUACAUGUGUGUUAUUGACCUAUUAUUGCAAAUCAUUCAGUCUCAAAGCUGUGGAAAUUCGUGGAUAAAGAAGCAAUUCCUUUUAAAAUUUGAUUUUCAAAAGGGAAAACAUUAUUGACCUAAUGUUAAACUUCUUUAAUGUGAAUGGCAUGUGGAUAGUGAAUUAUGUGUGUUUGUGGGCGGUAAUGGAAAAUUUGUCAAGCUCAUAUAUAGUGAUAUAUAUAUAUAUAUGUGUAUACAUUCAUUAUGGUAUUUUCAUUCUAUUGAAUCUUCAAAAUGAGGUUCAUUUUGUUUUUACUGUCAACAUUCGGGUAAUUUCCAGAGUUAAGCUUUUACUUUCAACAUUCGGGUAAUUUCUAGAGUUUUCCUUAUCACUGUGUAACUAAAUGACACAAGUUUGAUUUAAAAUGGCGGAAUAACAUAUCAAAGCUUUUUUAGCCCACCAUCAUCUGAUGAUGGGGUAUACAAAUCGCCCUGCGUCCGUGGUCUGUCCGUGGUCCGUCCGUGGUCCGUCCUUAAACAUUUCUUGUUAUCGCUAUUUCUCAAAUUUUAUAUGUAUGUUCCCCUUGUUACUUAGUUGUGCAGGGAAACUUUUGAGACUGAUCAGAUAAACAACAUGGCCGAGAGGCAGCCAUCUUGGCUAUUGUUACUGAAGGUUUGUUAUCGCUAUUUCUCAGGAGGUACGACAGGGAUCUUUCUCAACUUUGAUAUGUAUGUUCCCCUUGUU